AUGCCGAUAUUCGAUUACAGCAACAAAGUCGUCCUCUUGACCGGUCUCGGCGCCGUUGGAGAGGGAUAUGGAAAUGGCACGGCCAUGGCGGCUGCGAUGGCGAGACAAGGAGCGAUUAUCUUUGGUUGUGAUAUCAACCUCGAAGCUGCCAACAAGGCUGCAGAAUUGAUCCGCAAUGAGGCUGAGGUCAAGAAUCAUCCGUCUCGAAAAGAGGGCAAGAACGCCGUUGAUGUCAUCCAGCAAUCGACCGACGUAACGAAAAGCGAUGCCUGUAAAGCAUUUGUCGAUGCCUGCAUGGACAAGCAUGGUCGAAUAGACGUGUUGGUGAAUAACGUUGGCAAGUCUGAACCAGGUGGACCAGCAGAGCUAAGUGAGGCAGUAUGGGACGCUCAAACAGACGUCAACUUGAAGUCCGUCUAUUUGAUGUGCCACUUGGUACUGCCUAUAAUGGAGAAGCAAGAGUCUGGCGGGUGCGUCUUGAACGUAGCAUCUGUCGCCGGGUUGCGGUAUAUCGGCAAGCCGCAGGUGGCUUAUGCUGCCACGAAAGCCGCCAUUAUCCAGUUCACCAAGACCACUGCAGUGAUAUACGCGCAGCGAACUGGAGGUAAAGUUCGGUUGAACACUGUCGUCCCUGGCCUGAUCAAUUCUCCACUGGUCUCUGUGCUUGCGGACAAGUAUGCUGGAGGUGAUCAGGAGGGAUAUCGAAAGACCAGAGACAAGCAGUCACCAACAGGCAAGAUGGGUUCCGUCGACGAUAUCGCGUAUGCGGCGUUGUAUCUCUGUUCGAAGGAAGCGAAGUAUGUGAAUGGCCAAGAGAUAGUUGUCGAUGGUGGCAUCACAAAUUCGACAGGACAGCCUUGA